GAUGAUCCCCUCAAGACGAACGUCGAAAUCGAUACGGGCAAAUAUCGACCGUGUUCAGUUGCGAUGGAAAGUGUAUUCUGCCAAAUUGGGAAGUGAUUAUAGGUUUGAUCGUUGAACUAUUUACCUGCCUGCUGGUAUAGCACGUCUGAGGCGAUCGUGGCAGAUGAAUCCCGAGCACGGGUACUCUGCUAUAUUACGUAGUUGGUCCAAAGCCAUUAGGUCACAAAUCGCUUGCGUUACUGCAAAACUGAUAGCUGACCGGGACUAGAUGCUUUACAAUCAAAUUUAGUCCCGGACAUUAUUGAACUUACUAGGCUUUAUUUGUUUGUAUACUAGUAUACGAUAUGUGCCAAGGGAAUCUUGAUAGGCCGCUUUGAGAGACAUAUACUGUUGCUGUUGUAUCGUGGACGUUAUAUUUACAAUGCUAAUGUCGUACUGAAUUAUUGUCUGUGCUUAGUUGUGGAAUCUAAUGUGGAGAGGAAACGGUCUUUUAUACGUGACUGAACACUUCCAUUGUGAAAGACUUUAACCUGGAAUGGUAUGCGAGACCAUUCACUUUACAACGUAUAUGGGAGUAUUGAUUGCAUAAAGAUACACAUUGGAGUUGCCAGGCUUGGAUUGCUGACGCUUUAUACGAACAUCUGUGAAGACCAACGUGUAUAAAGAACGGCAAUAAUAUAUAGAUGCAUUUCUGGGCAUCGUCGAGACUGAACAAUGACGUCGCUGUGGAAACUAUACCUGGAGACCCUCAGCCGGCUCAAGAAACACCAUAACUUAUCCAGACAUGCUUGAAAAGGGGAUCUUGGUUACACUCAUCACUGGCUUCACGGCAAUCGUCGUUACUGUCUGGAUCACUGUUGACUUCUGUCUGUACAGGCGGAAAAAGGCCGCUAGAAGAGCAGCUAAAGCUGAUACAUUCUGUCGGAGGCCACAAUCAGAAAGAAUUGUGCAGCCUUUCCAGAAGAAAAAAGGUGAGAAAGAGAAAAAGGUGUCCCCAACUCGCAAAACCACAAAGAGAAAGUUGAGUGUAAGAAAGUUUGUUAAUUUCAUCACGGGUAAAAAGGCUGCAACUGAUGGUGAUGGCACGGAAUCGGUCAUCAAAACUGAAAAUAACAAGAAAGAAUCUGGAACAAACGGUAAAAAGGAUUCUGAAGUUUCGACAUCUAAAAUAGAGGCUGGUGGAAGUAGUAAACCAUCUUCUAGCAAACUAGAGGAAAAUGAAAACCAAAAAAAUGGAUUAUCAAAAGAAAAACUUUUAGAGGAAGGGUUUAUCAACUCUAACAAUCAAAGGCAUUCAUCACCAAAUGGGUCAGUAUUGGGCAAAGUACAUGCCGCACCAAAUACACUCGGAAAGUGGACAAAUGCUUUUGGUCCCUCAGAACUCCCUACCGGGAAAAAAGGUUUACCCCCUCUAAAAGGUCAAUCGGCCUCGAAACCAAACCAGGAAGGAAAACCUUCAUUUUCCGCAGAACAUAUAAAAGAGGAAAGUAAUAACGGCGAUGAUAUCCAACCAUCUGUUACAAGCAUAGAACUUAAUGAAUUGAAGCAAAGCAUAGUGAAAGCAAAACCUCCGUUAAAACAAAAAACAUCGAAAACGAAAAUAAAAACAGAAAGUGGCAUUGCCGUUUCGGCAAAUGAACAAAACUGGACUGAACAGAAAGUCAAUACAAAUGAAGUACCAAAGAAACCGCCAUUAUUAAAGAGAAUUUCCAGAAACCGAGUUGACUCUAUAAAUGACGGUAGCACAUCAAGCACAGACACGAGAGAAACCUUCAUGGAAGACAGAGGGUCCUCAACUUCAUCGUCUUGGACCUGUGAUGAAACAAGCAGGAAACGAACCGGAAGUUUGUCAGAUUCAACGACGUCAUCCGGAAGUAUCGAAUUAGAGAAAAGAAAGUUCCGAUUGAAACCCUUAAAACGAAACCAGUCGAACAUGAGUGUGUCAGAUACUACACCAUUGACGUAAAUUAUAUAGUUAUCAAUUUCGUUUCUUUUCCACUCCUAAAAUUGUAUUUCAGCUGUGAUAUAUUGUGACGUACGUCCGGUCUGUGAUAAACGUUAUUCGUUUCUUUUGACAUUGUCAUGAUAAUGCGUAUUUCAUUUUUUAAAUACCAUGAACCCAUAUAUGCAAGCGAGUAUGUCAAAGUUAAUAUGUUUAUUUCGUUUAAGUAUUCCCUGAAGAGAGUCGCUGUUACAUAUUCAAAUAUAAAACGGGAUUGGAGUAUUAGUUUCGUUGCACACUGCAAUGCAUUGACAGCAAAUUCACAUGUGAAUACCAUUGUAAGAUGGAAUUGUUAAAAUGAUAAACGCUAGACCACUCGGAAUUAUAUGUUGAAAUGUCAUUUCGAGUACUGAUAUUUUGUAAAAAUAAUACAAUCCAAGUUUUCUACAUAGGGAUACAUUGAUUGACGUUUAUACAUCGAAUGCGCCAUAACUUCUUGUUACUGUUGCUCGAAAAGAUCGAUAGUGACUAUGCAGGAGGAAGAGAGAAUGCUUCACACUUCGGACCAGGGUUAACAGAUAGAGGGCCAGUGCUGUUUGAGUAUAUAAAUUAUUCACUUACUUUCUGCGGCAAACUUCCCCUGAGAAGCCCUCGUUAGAAACGCGUUUCGACGAUAGACUAUGUGAAUGUUUUUUUCGUUAUUUAGGUAACCUCAACGCCAAACCCCACGUAAUAGAUAGAUCUAAACUCUGACACCGAAACUCCACCUCUGUAAUAACAAUAUAUCUAUUUAAGUAAACAUGAGUAUGUAUUGCAGCGAAAGUUGUUCAAAAUGUAAAAGAAUUAUAUUGUUUUUCUGAAUAUUCAAAAUGUGCACAGUGAUAUAACUUUUAACUACCGCAGAAAUUACGUAGGUGUUUGUAUAUAUAUGUGUGUGUUUGAAAUAAACAAUUAGGAUAUUCUAAUCCUAGAGCCAAUAUUGGAGGAGUCCAUUUCCUUUUUUUUUUUAUUAUUAUUAUCAUUUUUUCAUCUUAACCCGGAACUAGAUUUGUGCAGUACGUUAUUAAGUGAUUACAGUGAAUUUUUGGUUAAUUACUGUGUCACAAAAUCUCAAGAUAUACAAUACCAAGCUAACACCGUGCGGUUAGCUUUUAAAAUGUAUUAGUGUACUGUUCUAUGUACUGUAUUGCAGCGUCGGCCUCGUGUACUCCAGCUGCACAGUCUGGUACAAACAAAUCAAUAGCAAAUUCUACAACUAUGUAUAAUAUGAUAAUAUUUAAUGUUUUAAUGAGUUUGCUUUGUACAAUACAGAGUACUAGACUAAUUAAAGUGCUUUUUAUAGAUGUUUAUAUCGGACAUAAUAAUCAUAAGGACUUUUCUGCAUGUUAUUCAUUGAAUCCUAUCAUACACUAUUUUAUAACUAUUUUGUCCCAUAGAAUAUAUUUUAGAAAAGACAAUAGAGACACGGGGAAAAUAAUAUCAAAUGCUUAGAAACUAUCUUUUGUUUAAAUGAAAUAAAAAUGUGUUCGUCUUAACAUAUUCUUCUAAGUGUUACCUAUAUACGAUUUGAAUUACGACUUUACCUUAAUACAUGUCAAAGGCAAGGUAUUGAUGGACAUAUAUCUAAUUUGAUUUAUUGUAAAAUUAUAAACACGUCAUCUAAUUGAUUCCAAGUCAGCCAAAUAUGUAUAUCACGGUAUCAUCAUACAGUAUCAACUAUGUAGAUCAGCUUAAGGAUGUUGAAUGUUCUAACUUACCCUACCAUAUUUACCAAGGAAAAUCUAUAUUAAAGGUGAUAAGAAAAUAACAGAAUGCGCGUAUCAAUACUAAAGAUCUUGAGGACACGGACAGGAGAUAUUAAUAUCUAAUAUUAUCACGGCAGUUGAUCCUGAGUGAUGUUUUGAAAUAAAGUAUUACAUUCUGCAAAA